CAUUCAAGGGCUGAGAGGUGGAUAAAGACCUCAUCGAGAGGAGCAUCUUGCGCUCUGCUUGAUCUCCCUGGGUGCCCACUCUCGCCUUCGCUGCAGCAAAAUGCCCCCCAAGAAGCCCGAACCCAAGAAGCCCGAACCCAAGAAAGAAGAGCCCAAGGCGGCCCCCAAGCCAGCCCCACCGCCCGAGCCAGAACCCCCCAAGGAAGUUGAAUUUAACCCAGCAAAUAUCAAACUUGAAUUCAACAAUGAGCAGAUAGAAGAAUUUAAGGAGAUCUUCCAGGUCUUCGAUAGAACUCCAAAAAACGAGAUGAAAAUCACCUACGCACAAUGCGGUGACGUUUUGAGAGCUUGCGGGCAGAAUCCAACCCAGGCAGAAGUUAUGAAGGUUCUUGGCCGGCCGAAACCAGAAGACAUGAACAGCAAAAUGCUCGACUUUGAUACCUUCCUGCCGAUGCUCCAGCACGUCUCCAAGACCAAAGACACGGGCACCUAUGAGGAUUUUGUGGAAGGCCUGCGCGUUUUCGACAAGGAAGGGAAUGGCACCGUCAUGGGGGCUGAACUCCGGCAUGUUUUGGCUACUCUCGGGGAGAGGCUGACUGAAGAGGAGGUUGACAAGCUCAUGGCUGGUCAAGAAGAUUCAAAUGGCUGCAUCAACUAUGAAGCUUUCGUGAAGCACAUCAUGGCCAGUUGAACGACAGGAUAUGACAGACUGCUACAAAAUGGAGUUGGGUGAUCAUGAGCUUCCCUUUCCACAGCAGCCGAAUUGAUCUGGGUGUACAGAUCUGCUCAAAUGUCCUCAAAAUGCCUUGUGGUUCUCUCUCUCAUUCUGGAAUUCGGAUUCCUCUGUGCCUAUCCCUCUUGAUCCCUGUGCCAUCCAUCGGGCCGUUCCCACUCCUUGGGAACAACUAUCCAAACCUCAUUGGACAUCUCAGUGUCGUGAUUGCACACUUAUUCAUUUGAGAGCCCUCGCCCUCUGCCUUGUCCCCAGCCUUGCUCCGGUAAUAGGUUGUAAAUUCCUCUGACCUGGAUGUUGUGUCUUCAGUGUUCUCUACAGAAUAUCCUAAUAGUUACUAUGAGUAGAAACCAAGUAGCAGAUAACUACUAUUAGUAGUAAUACUGUAGUAGUUAACUCCUACUAUUAACUAUGACUUUCUUACAGCCCCAGAUGUACCUAAGAUACAUAAGUGUGAAUAUUCUAUUCAUGAAGCUCUGCUAAAAGGGUUUCUUUCUAUCUUUUCCUGUCUCUCCCUCCUCUCAUUAUUUCAGAAUUUUGCUGUUUUGUAAGGAGAUUAGGCUUGGAGCUGAAUUUCACUUUGGGAUUUGCCGGCUUCAGAAUUUUCAGGCACUGAGGGCUAAACGCCCUCCACAUCCCAUCCUAACGGUCAACAGAGCCGUGCUCAGUCCAAGCAUUCUCUUGGGCUGCAUCCAAUCUUUUAAAGGGCUCCUUUCUGAGGGCCAAGCUACACAUGACGAAUGACACUUGAACUGCAAGUGUAUUUCUCCCUAUUCACUUGCCUUCCACUCAAUCCACUUGCCGUUCAAGUGUCAUUCGUCAUGUGUAGCUUGGCCCUCAGUGAGAAUAGUAUCCCAUUUAUGUCUGUGGAGCCUUUCACAGUCUUAGGGCCCAUGAAAUAGUCAACCCCAGGUCCCUCUGGAGCUGGCCAUUUCCUUAAAAUGAAACCAGGAAAAUUAACAGCUCCCGAGAGCCAGUUUGGUGUCGUGGUUAAGAGCGAUGGGACUCUAAUCUGGAGAGCUGGGUUUGAUUCCGCACUCUUCCACUUGAAGCCAGCUGGGUGACCUUGGGUCAGUCACAGCUCUUCCAGAGCUCUCUCAGCCCCACCCACCUCACAGGGUGAUUGUUGUAGGGAUAAUAACAACACACUUUGUAAACUGCUCUGAGUGGGCGAUAAGUUGUCCUGAAGGGUGGUAUAUAAAUCAAAUGUUAUUAUUAUUAUAAUAUUAUUAUUAUUAUGGGUUGGGCUUCAAGGUUCUGCACUACUCAGUAGUUUGGCCAAGGAAUAAGAACUCCUAGUUUCUCUUGGUGGGAGGGAACAGAAACUACUAAGGUUGCCAGCUCUAGCCUGCGAAAUUCCUGGAGAUAAGGGAGGUGGAGGCUGGAGAGGGUGGAGUUGGGGGGGGGAGGAACCUCAACAGUGUAUAAUGCCAUACAGCCCACCUUCCAGGAGAUCUCCAGCCAUGACCUGGAGGUUGGCAACCCUAGGAAGCACAGAGGAAAGGUACCAAAGAAAGAUUUGAUCAGACUCUCAUACUUGCCAGGGGUUCUUGCUGGUCUGAGAACCAGUCAUUGGAGAAACGGUGUGUCAAACUGCUCGAUGACUAAUAUUUUCUGGUUCGGCUGGCUGGUACCCCCCCAUAUUAAAGAUGUUUAUCAGUA